GGACAAACCGGCGCUUCAGAAGUUCGUCUGUGGCUUCACCUUCAGCCAUCUUAAUCAUGUUCUCCGCCGUGGGACGCUGCAGCCGUGCGGCUCUGCAGGCCUUUAAACCCUCAAUCAACCCACUGAAGACCAGCGGUGGAAGACAUGUGGCUCUCAACUCCAAUCGAGCUUAUGCUGCCCCAGCUGCCCAGGCAGCACUGGCCAAUGGCCGGAUUGUAGCAGUCAUCGGUGCAGUGGUGGAUGUCCAGUUCGAUGAAGGCCUCCCACCAAUUCUCAAUGCGUUGGAGGUGGCUGGCCGGGAGAGCAGGCUCGUCCUGGAGGUGGCGCAGCAUUUAGGUGAAAACACCGUCAGGACAAUCGCUAUGGAUGGCACUGAGGGUCUUGUCCGUGGUCAGAAAGUCCUGGACACUGGAGCACCAAUCAGAAUCCCGGUGGGCCCAGAAACCUUGGGCCGGAUUAUGAAUGUUAUUGGGGAACCCAUUGAUGAGAGGGGCCCAAUCAGCACCAAACAGACUGCUCCCAUCCAUGCUGAGGCGCCAGAGUUCACAGACAUGAGUGUGGAGCAGGAGAUUCUGGUCACCGGCAUCAAGGUGGUGGAUCUGCUGGCUCCAUAUGCCAAAGGAGGAAAAAUCGGCCUGUUCGGUGGAGCCGGCGUUGGCAAGACUGUGUUGAUCAUGGAGCUGAUCAACAACGUGGCCAAAGCUCACGGAGGUUACUCUGUGUUUGCUGGUGUUGGAGAGAGAACAAGAGAGGGAAAUGACUUGUACCACGAGAUGAUCGAAUCUGGGGUCAUAAACCUGAAGGACACCACGUCCAAGGUGGCGCUGGUGUACGGUCAGAUGAAUGAGCCACCCGGCGCUCGUGCCAGAGUGGCCCUGACUGGCCUGACCGUGGCUGAAUAUUUCCGUGAUCAGGAGGGACAGGAUGUGCUUCUUUUCAUCGACAACAUCUUCAGGUUCACACAGGCAGGAUCAGAGGUGUCUGCCCUGUUGGGUCGCAUCCCCUCUGCUGUGGGUUACCAGCCCACCCUGGCCACCGACAUGGGCACCAUGCAGGAGAGAAUUACGACCACCAAGAAAGGCUCCAUCACAUCAGUACAAGCCAUCUACGUCCCAGCUGAUGAUUUAACUGACCCGGCUCCUGCCACUACUUUUGCCCACUUGGACGCCACAACUGUACUGUCCCGAGCUAUUGCUGAGCUCGGCAUCUACCCGGCUGUGGACCCGCUGGAUUCCACUUCCCGUAUCAUGGACCCAAACAUAGUUGGUGCUGAGCAUUAUGAUGUUGCUAGGGGCGUCCAGAAAAUCCUCCAGGAUUAUAAAUCGCUGCAGGACAUCAUUGCUAUUUUGGGAAUGGAUGAAUUGUCUGAAGAGGACAAGCUGACUGUCGCGCGUGCUCGUAAGAUCCAGCGCUUCUUGUCUCAGCCUUUCCAGGUGGCUGAGGUCUUCACUGGCCACUUGGGCAAGCUUGUUCCUCUGAAGGAGACCAUCAAGGGCUUCCAGAGUAUUUUGGCAGGUGAAUAUGAUGCCCUGCCAGAGCAGGCCUUCUACAUGGUGGGGCCUAUUGAAGAGGUCGUCCAAAAAGCUGAGAAACUGGCUGAAGAGCAUUCCUAAUUCAAACGUGUGGAAUCCUGUCAGCAGAUUAUUGUACAGAAUAAGCUUUAUUUCAAAUUAUGUAUGAUGUGUUUUUUCUUCAAUUAAAGAGUUUAUUAUGAAACGUUUUC